CCACAUCCGGUUUUGUUUUGAAGGCGUGAAAGGAACCUCUUUUUGCGCUCUUGUCUCGUAAGGGAGAGCUUGAUGGCGUUUCCCCCUCAGUUCGGUCCAGUUCUGAGAAGACAAAGUCGAGCGAGGAGGACGUCGAUGCGCAAAGGUGCUCGUCCGCGAUGACGCUGCGCUGAAAAGUGCUCCGAAGCGAGGCCACUUCACCCCGAAGAAUUCAUAUUUUCCCAAAGCGGCCCAUUGGAGGAGAAGAUGAUGUCUGACGCCAGCGAGAUGUUGGCGGCCGCCUUGGAGCAAAUGGAUGGGAUUAUUGCAGGCUCCAAGGCCAUGGACUACUCCAACGGGCUGUUUGACUGCCAGUCGCCCUCGUCGCCGUUCCUGGGCGGCCUGCGGGUGCUGCACUUGCUGGAGGACCUGCGGGCGGCGCUGGAGCUCAUGGAUAACCAAGAGCGAGACAACCUGCGCUGCCAGAUCCCCGACUCCACCGCCGAGGGUCUGGCGGAGUGGCUGCGGGGCCGAAUGGUAAGCGCCGGCCGGCCGGGAGAAUCUGUCCAAACAAAGCUGACAGACCCAUUGCAGACAAACGGCCACGGUGUCGAGAACGUCCACCAAGAGCGUCUGGCUCGCCUGGAGAGCGACAAAGAGUGCCUCAUCCUCCAGGUCAGCGUCCUCACAGACCAGGUGGAGGUGCAAGGGGAGAAGAUCCGCGACCUGGACAGCUGCCUGGAGCGCCACCGGGAGAAGCUCUGCGCCACCGAGGAACUGCUGCAGAAGGAACUCCUGACUCGCUCGGCGCUGGAGACCCAGAAGCUGGAGCUGGUGACGGAGCUUUCGGCCGUCAAGCUGCAGCUGAGCGCGUUGGAGAGGGACCGCGCAGAUCACCAGGAAGUGGGCCACUUGCGUCUCCGUGUGGCCGACUUGGAGAGUGAGCGUCUGCAGUGUGACCGGAAAAGCAAAGCUUGCAAAGAAGAGCUGCGGCUGCUGCAACGUGAGCUGGAGGAGCGAGAGGCGCAAUUGAGGAACUUGAAGGAGGAGAGCGGAGCCGAGGGGCUGCCGAGGGAUGCCGAAAUGGCCGAGAUGAAGACGCUGUUGGACUCGCUGGUGUCGGCCAAUGACGAGAAGGAGCGAAGGAUCAAAGAGUUGGAGAGCACCCGAGUUCUGGAGAACGUCCAAGAGAGGCCGAAGGAAGCCGACUACGCCGACAUCGCAGAUGACGGCUCGCUUCCCGCCCAGGCCGGGCCGGCAUCGGAGGGCGAGGCGGGAAGGAUCUCGGCGCAGUCUCGUCCCCUGCCGGAUUUGCGUGCGGCGUCUCCAGGCAACACGGAAGAGCAGGCCAAAAGCAAGUGUGGCACUAUGGCCGAGCGAGACGCGUUCGGCGCCAAGCGGGUCCGGGCCUCCCUCGGUCGGGGCUUCUUCAAACUGCGGGGAGGCAAAUAUGCCAGCGGCGCAGCCGAGACUGAGCGCAAAGUCCCAGAGCACCUAGACUUGGCCUCCUCCGCUCUGACCUCGUCACCUGAGAGCAAGAAGAAGUCCAAAGGCUUGAGGAAGUUCUUGGGCAGGUUGAAGAGGAGCCACUCCACGUCGUUGAACGCGGACGACGAGGCCGACUUCCGGCGCGGGGGCGUCCGGGCCACGGCGGGGCCUCGCCUGGGCGGCUCGCCCUCUCCGACGGAGGCCCCCUUCGCGCGCUGGACCCGAGAGGACGUGUGCGAGUGGCUCCACCAGCAGGGCCUGGGCUUGUACGCCGCCACGGCUCACGACUGGAUCCGUUCGGGACAGAGCCUGCUGCAGGCGUCCCAGCAAGACCUGGAGAAGGAGCUGGGCAUGAAGCACCCUCUGCACAGGAAGAAGCUGCAGCUGGCCCUCCAGGCUCUGGUGUCGCACGACGACCUCCUCCAAGGCGACCUGGACCACCACUGGGUGACGCGCUGGCUGGACGACGUGGGCCUGCCGCAGUACAAGACUCACUUUGAGGAGGCCCGAGUGGACGCCCGCAUGCUGCACUACAUGACUGUGGAGGAUCUCCUGUCGCUGAAGGUGGGCAGCGUGCUUCACCACCUCAGCAUCAAACGGGCCGUGCAGGUCCUGCGCUUCAACUCCUUCCAGGCCGACCGUCUGCGCCGCCGGCCCGCCCAAGAGGUAAAAGGAGCCAGGGCUCGCUCGGCGCCAAUGUCACUGUCGCGCUCUGUCCGUCCGCAGACGUGCACGCGACCGCUCGACGUGAUCCAGUGGAGCAACCACCGCGUGAUGGAGUGGCUGCGCUCGGUGGACUUGGCCGAGUACGCGCCCAACCUCCGAGGCAGCGGCGUGCACGGCGGUCUCAUGGUUCUGGAGCCGCGCUUCACCGUGGACGCCUUGGCUCUGCUGCUCAACAUCCCGCCGGGAAAAACGCUGCUGCGGCGCCACCUGGCGACGCACUUCCACCUGCUGGUGGGAUCCGACGCGCAGAGGCUCAAGCAGGAGUGUCUGGAAAACCCCGACUACGUGGUGCUCACUGCCGCCGCCAAGGUCAAGCCGAGACGUCUGUCGUUCGGCAGCUUCGGAACGCUCCGGAAGAAGCGUUACGACGACUGCGGCGAGUACGUGUGCCCCAUGGACGUGGACAUGGACAUUGGCGUGGGGCUCCACAGGGACCCAGAGGACCACCUGGAGCAGCUACAACAGAUGGACGACUCCGAGGGCGCCGUGAGGCAGAUCGGCGCUUUUUCCGAGGGACUCAAUCAUCUGACGAGCAUGCUGGAGGACGAGGAGGUUUUCGGGGAGAUCUCAGCAAGCCCGCCAGAAGGCGACCCAUGCGAUGAAGACGCCACAAGACUCGUCAAGUAACGCUACCGUGUGUGUGACUCUUUGCGUGUUAGCUAAACAAGGAGUUGUUUUGGGACAAGACCUACGUACUGCAUACAAUUCAAUUAUGUUUCUUUUUUUGCAAUAAAUAAAUCGAAAA